ACGAACACUGCUGCUGAUGUACGACUGCGCAUGGGCUUCAUUCUGCCAACGAGAGAGAACGUCUGCAGUGGUAUUUGAUGUCAGUAUACACCCACCCAUCAAACACGCACUGCACAAAGUCUCUGACAAGAAGCCUCUCUUAGUAGAUAUUAAACAUCUCAGCGAUUAACGAAACAUGCCUGGAAACCUCUUAAAAAAUCCAAAUGGAGAUGAGGAUUUGGAACACUGGGAGUUGACAGAGAAUGGAGGUGAUCAAUGGAGGACUGAAGACAUGCCAGGAGAUUGUGGACAUUCAUUUAGUGAUGAAUCUGUGACUAAAUACUUCAGCACAUCUUUCGAGCCGUGUCUAAAGAGACAAGUGAUUGACUUGAUUGAAGAAGGUUUCGACCCUGAAAAUCUAGACAUUGCACAGCCAGCUGUGGAUGUGGUGGACUGGUACUGUAGCCGAACAGACUGUGGAUGUAUUUAUAAGAUUAUUGUGACUUUGCUUGAUGAAAACCAAGAGGUCAUUGCUGAAUUUAAACCUGAUUGUGUGACAUUGGACCCUGAUACUGAUGACUGCUCUUGGAAUCAGGUGAGCCACACAUUUACAGACUAUGGUCCUGGACUUCGGUACAUCUCUUUCGAGCAUGGCGGUCAAGACAACAAGUUCUGGCAAGGCUGGUUUGGGGUUCGAGUGACCGGGAGCUCUGUUACCAUAAACCUCUAGAGACAAACACCAAUCAGAUGACAGAAUGUUACUGAUUGGCUGAAACUGACCAAUCUGCUCCUAGCAUCUUGCUUACGUUUGCACAUAAUUCUAAUAACUCAACAAACAAGCUUUUGAAAUGUUACAGUAAACAUGCAGCUUAACCUGAAAUGCUAGUCACUGAUUUCACUUUAUUUUUAGCACUUGAGAUGAUUGUUUUCUUUUCUGUGUAUAUUAACACUUUACUACCUCUGUUUGCUGAAUAAUCCUCUGAAAACUAAUACACAAGUACAUAUAUAAUGCAUUUCUUCUGAAGUUGUGUGCAAUAGAUCUUCAGUCAUAAUCACCUUCAUAGAUUCAGAUUAAAUAUUACAUUGCUUGAAUAUUCUGUGAGAAAAUCAAAUAUACUAUGCAAAGGCACAUGUAACAUGUUAGAAAUAUUAAAGGAAUGAAAAUGUAUUCUUAUCUCUUGAGCU